UUGAUGAAAGCAAAAAGACGGAUCUUCAUAUGCAUUUUGGAACAAAAACUAUUCGGCAAUGCUCAGAUACGAACCAAAACCCAAAUCUCAGAAACACUUUCCCAGAUUUGGAUUACGCUUUCCUGGGGUAUGAUAUUAUCAAAGGUUACCCCAAUUCUAAUGGUCAUGAUCCUGGUUUCGCCCAUCAAAUAUUCUCUGCUGAUUACAGUAAAGAUCAACAAACAGCCGAUUGUCGUUACAGUAUUCCUAAAGGUUUGUCUGUCAUCCCUGAUGUAUCCUGUGUAACAUCUUUCGCCUCGACGAUCAUACAGAAUACGUUUGAACUACACAAAUCUCUUUCAACAUCAGUCUCAGCAAGUGGUGGUUUUGGUGCUUUUAGUUUUUCUGCUAGCUCAAGCUACAAGAAAACCUCAUCUGAAGUCUCGUCAGGAGAGAAAGUAUACAUUACAUCUUCAGCGAAAUGUUCUUAUUACUUCAGUAGAGUUGAUUUCACUGACCCUCCACCUCUACAUCCAGGGUUCAUCCGCUCAGCGAAAUCAUUAGAAAAAAACCAUACAACAGCCAACUUAAUAAAAUUUGUGAAGUAUUACGGGACACAUUUUCCAACAACUGUGGUAUUUGGAGCACGGUUUCUGAAACAAUACAGCAUGAGUUCACAGUCGUACAAAACAGCGUCCUCGAGAUCCAUCAGUGUUUCAGCGCAAGCAAGUUAUUCUGGUUUAAUCAGCGUCAGUGGAGGAUUUAGUUUAGACAAAAGUGAAAGAGAAGCGGCCUCACAAUUCUCUAAAGAAGUUGAAACAACGACAGUUACUGUUGGGGCAGCUCCACCAAGCAACGGGGAGGCUGCUUACUGGGCAGCAACUGUCAAAGAAAAUCCUGUACCAACAUCCUAUAAAAUUCAACCAAUCUCUAAUCUAUUUACAAGUGUGUUUAUGAAAGGCACUGGGAUCAAUUACGAUUUCUUAAGAAAGAAGUUAGUUGGAAUUGAAAAAUCUUAUUGCAAACAAUUACUCCUUGCAGGAACUGUGAAUAAUUGUGACGAAUCCGUCUCCGUGGGAAUUAUAAUAAACCAUUAUACUCUCCCAAAUGACAUUUCAAAAUUCACAGCUGCAACAGAAUCAUCUUGUAUUUCAAGAUGCUUCGAACACCUUCACUGCUUGGCUAUAGUUUAUACAACCACGUCAAGUGACAAUUGCUUUUUUUAUGACGCAAAUCAGGAACAUAUUAUCCCGGAUAAAUCGAAUGCCAAAGCGAAGAUAAUAAUAUUUCCUACCAAGAUUAGGGAUGAUAAGAAAGAUUUUAAGGUGAAAAAUCUUCGUGUUUCAACCCAAGCUCGUCCGAAUAGUACCACAACGGUUGAUGCGAAAUCGUGCAGGAAAACAUGUGACCAGGAUUCUUCUUGUGAUGUUUUCAGUUUCUGCAGUGCGAAAUCUUCCUGCUCCAGUGAAAGAAACAAUUGCAGGUUGUAUUCAUCCAAGUCGGUGAUCACAUUUGAAAAAGCGGAAAAUAAGUUUGAAUGGAUCACGUAUUUUAUUUCCUGACAUUAAUUAACCUAUACUCUACAAUAUUUACUCAAUAACUUGUCAAUUGAUAAUAAAUCACUCGAAUUAACCUUUUUCAUAACUGGAAUGACAUUGCGUAAAUCUUAUGGUAACAAUUUAGAACCAUAAUUUUCUUAUCAACCAACAGUGUAAUAAUAAACAGCAAAUUUUUGCUCAAUAUAAACAUGCAAAUAUUCCUCACCUUAAAUUUUUCACGAAAUUUAUCCGCAGGCAUCAAGAUCAUGUCAAAAUAUAGUAACAAACAAUGGGCUCUCCGCAAACGAAAUAUUCCUGUGUGUCCGAUAAAAUGUUUCGAAGUAAAACCGUUUUGGAGGGUCCAUUAUAUUUUCUAAAAUUUUAAUUACUCUAUGGUAGCUGUAGUUAAUGUAUAGUUAAUGAUUUUGAUGUAUUA